GAGGCCAUUGAUCCAGAGGUCUCGAUAUUAUCAUACAUGAAUGAGGAAUGUCGAAUGUAAUGUAAUUUUGUUUUCUAAUGGCUCUUAGAGUAAAGAGUAAAAUGCUCUAAAUGUGAUAUAAAAGUUUUGGUAUAGAAUGGUGAGCUUAGGUAGUAACCAAAGAAGUCCUGGUGGGGGGUACUUCUUUAAUCCAGACACAAAUCAAUUGUUUGAUGAAACAGAUGAAGCUUCUCUUGUCUCUAGCGUCCUAGUUUCAGAUGAGGAGCCUAACUUUAGGACUAUUCCUCUUACGGGAGUUAUUGUUUUUGAAAUUGUUUCAACUAUUGCCCUCCUGGUAUCCUCUUUCCUAGUGCCUUUGUACAAUGAGGUAGACGCUUGUUUUAUCCUCAGCUGUGCACACGCUGGAUACUGGUGCUUUCUUUUCAUUACAAGUGGCUACAGAAACUAUCACCACAACCAUAUCCAGAGAUGUGGAUACCUUGAGUUCUUCAGGAACACCCAAUUGCUGCAAAAAGUUCCCUUGCUGAUUCCUUCUUUGGGAAAUGCCUUGCUUGUUGUUACUCUGGCUGUGUUUCAAAGAUAUUGUCCUAACUAUGAAAAUUGCCCUCCAGAUGGGGAUUUCAAGUGCCAUAACUACUUGCAGAUAUUUUUUGGAUCAGAAGUGUUUAUGCUUCUCAUAUUUCUUACGAAAUAUUUAGUCUUGGUGGUGAAGUUUAACCGCAGCAAGGCAAUUCCAGAUGUUCAUCAAGAUGAGCUUCUUGUCAACUAUGUUCAGUCAUAUGCUCCACUGAAUGAAGUAGGAUUCAGGGAUGAAGACUAUCUUGAAGAAGUCCUGGAAAAACAAGCAGAUAUGAUUCGUUACUUGAAGCAGCACAGCAAUAACCUUAGUCGCAAAAUCAUGAAACUCGGUUCACAGCUUGAAAGUAUACAAAACAAUGUACAGAAAUUUUGAAAUUGUUGUUUUUCUUGACUCGGCAGUUGUUGCCCAUGUAUAAAUAUUGUAUCCUAUCAUUUCAUUUGUAAUCUGUGUAAAAAUAAUUUAAAUUA